GUAGCAUCGGCGGUAUAGAGGAACUAUGCCAUUCGGAUGGAAGGUGCCACUGGUUCCAUUCGCUACGGCCAUCGGAAGGAUUUUUCAGACAGAAAACCCUGAUAGUGCAUCAGACUGGAAGGAGGAUGGCUUAUGGGCACAAGUCACCCAAGCUUUGGGAUUUGGAAACACCUACAAUAAUAGAAGGCGUCUAAAAAACUUCUGGAGCAGGCAUCGACAGGAAAUCGAAAGACUGACAAAGAAGGAUGACCUUGAACUUACAAGUCCAACACUCUGGACGGCCGCUUCACGUGAAGUUGAAGAGCCUGCUGAGCCUCUUGAUGCAGGCAGUGAGCGAGAGGUGGAGGCCAUUGAAGAUCAUCUAGUACACUCGCAAGGUGUGGAGAACGGUCCAGGUCAUCCAGCUGCAGUUUCCUCGAAAGAUGCACCGUGGCACGACAUGACUCUACGUCCGAACCCGACACAGAAGCGGUUUUCUGGGUAUGUGACCAUGCCCAAUCCUGCGAAGCGCGAAAAAGAAGAGGCUUCUGACACAGGUGCAAGCGGGCAGUCCUCAACCAUCCAUAUCGUGAUCUCUUCUGAGUCAGAGGCUGAGGACGAGGCUGUAGACUUUACCCGGUUAGAGAUAUCUGACGAGGACAUGAGCAGAUUGAUGCCAACGAAGUGGCUUAAUGACAAGAUUAUAAAUGUCUACAUGGAAAUGAUUGUACAGAGAGGUAAACUGCAGGGGAAACCAAAGGUCCAUGCUUUCGACACGUACUUCUACACCAAACUGAUGAAUGAAGGCCCUUCCUCCCUUGAAAGGUGGACGCAAAAAACCGACAUUUUCACGAUGGACUUGGUGCUGGUUCCGAUUCACCUUGAAGUUCACUGGUGCAUGGCGGUCAUCGAUAUUAGACGGAAGUGCAUAAAAUACUACGACUCCAUGGGAGGUCCCAACGAUGAUGGCAUCAAUGCACUCUGGUGA